AUGCGCUUCGUCAAGUUCGCCCUCGCAACGCUCACGCUCGCUACGCUUGCCUCUCUGGGCCAGGGACUUCCAGCCGCUGAAGCUCGCGCCGCUGAUGAUCGUGGUCAGGACACCCACUCUCUACGCAGCAAGCGAGCCUUUACGCCGCAGAUCGCAGACAUUCUAGGUCCUCGAGAGCCGGGAAUGGCUGGCACCCUCUACGCUCGCAACUCGAACCCUACCUGCACCUGUUGCGCGAACUAUGGUAGCGGAGAGACGAUAUUGAAGAUUGCAUGA